GUAUUUAAUACCUAUAAUUAACCAAAACUCUGAAAAUAGUGGGAAAAAUUUUUAAUUUUCUUUUCGCACAACCAGUAAUGCCACAGCAAAGAGACAAAAAAUCCUAGACGUAAACGUCACACCACACGUUUUUUUCCUAACCUCCAAAAGAUGUGAUUUAAACAACAUUGUGAAAUAUUAUUUUUAUUGUGAUUGACUGUGACUGAACCGUUGCUUUAAUUUAUAUUAGAAUGUCUUUAUUCUCGGCCCCCACGAAGUCAACGACCCCUUCCUCGAUCCUGAAGAAGACUCCAAGCCUCAAAUCUACAUUAAACCGAUCCUUGAAAACAAACACACCCACUAAAGUACGAUUUGUUUUACCCCACUCUAAAAAAGUCCGCCACAUAUUGAAGGACUACAUAAAACAUGGAAAUGCGAAAGACUAUGAAAGUUUAGUUUGUCUUAUUCGUGAUGCGGAGUUGUUUGAUGAUGAUAUUUCAUCGCUGUUGAGGGAAGCGACUGAAUGUAUAUCAAUAAUGAAAGAAGAGUUGCGUCUUUUUGUAGAAGCACUUCUUUCAAUUGACUGGAUUGAAAGAGACGAUAAUGUAGUUAGAGAAUAUCAAUCAUUUAUUGCGAACUUAGUGUCUGCACAUAACUAUCAUGCGGACUUUGUAAUAAACAAAUUAGUCACUUUGUUUUUUCCUUCCCCUACAGACCCUGAGUGGGACAAUGGCAGCCCCAGUAAAACAGAUAUUAAGAAGUGCCAACACGUUCACUCCCUGCUUUGUGAACUUUUACGAACGGUACCUUUAUGCAAGGAUUUACUAAUCCAUGCCCUGGUCGACCACUUCCCCUACAUGAAUAAAUCAACCCACAUCCACGAAUACUACAUCCAGAACCUCCUCUGGGUCAUCUGCUACCAACCCGCGCUCAGACCCAACAUCCUCCAUUUGAUUUUCUCAAAAGUGAUAAUCAUGGACGUGAGUGCCCCCCGUGAAGAAAUCACGAAACUUGAAGAUGAGGAAAUUUUCAUGAUGGAUGAUAGUAAAACAAACACUACAAUAAACCUGGACUGUGUCCAUUCAAUAGCACACACUUUAGACAUCUGUCUCGAUAAAAUGUUCAAUUAUAUUUACGCAGAGUGCUACGAGCCGGGCACUAAUAAACUGAAUUGGGCGAAAACAAAGUCAUUAUAUCAAGACAUUUUGACGGUUUUUGAUCAGUUGAUUUUACCGACUUACAAUACUCAUCACGUCCAGUUUGUUAUGUUUGUACUUUGUUCGUUUAAAACGACACUAACAGAAGCGUUUUUCAAUUAUUUGUGGAAAAAAGUGUGCGAUCCGAAUGUUGCGUCAGUGAUCAGACAAGCAGCGGUUAAUUAUAUUGUUAGUUUUAUAGCGAGGGCUACUUUUAUCCCACUUACGAUGUGGAAAGGGACUUUGCAACAAAUGGCCGAAUGGAUACACUCGUACAUCGCCACUCAGGACGGCUUAGAGUGUGUCAAUUCGGAUUUGAGGCUCCACUCUGUAUUUUACACAGUGUGUCAAGCCCUCUUCUAUGUCAUUUCCUUCCGACACAAGGAUUUGGUCAAUACGAAAAAAAAUGUUGUCUUUCUGGAGAGUUUAAACUUGGCAAAAAUCGUAACAAGUCGUUUAAACCCGUUGCGGGUUUGCCAGCCCGCAGUUGUACAAAAUUUCGCCGCAAUUACGCGAAAAUACCAGUUAGCGUAUUGUUAUUCAAUCAUUGAACAUAAUUCACGGAAUACUAUACCGACUGUGUAUCGAGACGAGAAGGGUUUUGUGACAGUCUCAAGCAAUGUCCUAGAUGCGUGUUACCCGUUUGAUCCCUUUGUUUUGUCAAGGUCUAGUGCUAAAGUUCACCCGGAUUAUCGUGACUACACGGAGGUCAGUUUUGAAGCGAACGAUUCAGAAACGAGGGAAAUUGGAGAUGUUGAUGAUUUUCUCGAAAAUGAUUUUAGUUCAAAAACACAGAAAUUUUCAUACGGAACUUCCCCUGGGUUUAAGUUUAAGGGUUGAUGUGAUAUUGAUUAAAAGAUGUUAUUUAUUAAUUUGAUAGGAGAAUAAAUUUUCUCAAAAUAUGA